AAUAACCUCUACUUUAAUAUUUUUAAGGUACGCCCUUUGUCGGGACAGAAAAUUUUUGGUCUUCCACCUCCGUUCUUCAAACUCCAGCGUAGUACUCGCCAACUAUCAUAGAGCUCUGAUACGCUCUCGACUGCCACCAUGACUGCUCGUCUUUGCUUCUCUUCUCUCACUCCUUUGCCCAACCUACCUUCUGUUUCCUCGAGUUCUUCUUCCACGAAAGUCUUCCCCAUUUCAAAGUCGUUAGAAAUCCAACCGCGAUUUCGAUUUCGCAGCGCCGAUCGGCGAAGUCACCGGACUUACGCAACUCUUACGGUGGAUUCCCAAAUCUCUGGAGAAAAAACUAUGGAGACUGCUCCGCCUGGGAUUCUUCUCGAGGUUAAAAACCUCACGGCCAUUGUUGCUGAAUCCAAGCAAGAAAUCCUCCGCGGUGUCAAUCUCACUAUCAAUGAAGGCGAGGUUCAUGCCAUUAUGGGGAAGAAUGGAUCAGGAAAGAGCACGUUUUCUAAGGUUCUUGUUGGCCAUCCAGAUUAUGAAGUAACUGGAGGCACUGUUUCAUUCAAAGGCGAGGAUUUACUAAAAAUGGAGCCUGAAACUAGAUCUCAUGCAGGGCUUUUCAUGAGUUUUCAGACUCCUGUGGAGAUACCAGGUGUGAGCAACAUGGACUUCUUGCUUAUGGCAUGUAAUGCUCGUAGAGAGAAGCGUGGGGAACCUGCACUUUCUCCCAUUGAGUUUUUUGGUUUUUUGUCCCCCAAACUUGCUGCUGUGAACAUGAAUCCAAAGUUUCUAGACCGGAAUGUCAAUGAAGGUUUUAGUGGUGGUGAAAAAAAACGUAAUGAAAUCUUGCAGCUUGCGGUUCUAGAGGCUGAGUUGGCUAUUCUAGAUGAAAUUGAUUCUGGUUUAGAUGUUGAUGCACUUCAAGAUGUAGCAAAGGCAAUCAAUGGAUUGUUAACACCCCAUAACUCUAUUUUGAUGAUAACCCAUUAUCAGCGCUUGUUGGAUUACAUCAAGCCCAAUUAUGUUCAUAUAAUGGAGGCCGGUGCAAUUGUGAGAACUGGCGACAGUUCCCUUGCAAAACGGCUUGAGAAGGAGGGCUACCGAGCAAUCUCUGCUGCAUAAUUAAGAAGUGAGCUUGGUAAGGCUGUACAUCCUGUAUAACUCCUGUAGUAUUGCAGAAUUUUGCUUAUCACUGACUAAUUUCAAUAAAUUAGCAGCAAUUCUAUUUGAUUUUUCUGUUUGUUUAUUUAAAAGAAGCAUAAAUUCUUCUUCUGAGAAAAGAAAUUGGGAUUAAAUUG